AAAACGUCCACAAAAGGCCAAAUAGCUGACGAGACUCGAAAAGCGAUAGCUCACUGCUCACGACAAGAUUAAAAUCAAUUUCACGGGAAAAAUUAAACCCCAUAUCUUGAAGAAAAAAAAUAAUUUUUCAUAUCUUGAAGAAAAAAAAUGAUUUGAGGAAAAAGAAGGACAUAGAUUAGUGUAGCAGAUAAAGAAUGCUCGAGGUAGAAUAAAGGGCUCUCUUUGGUUGGCUUCGCUUUUCCUUUCUAUGUGUUCCAGCCCAACUCGUGUACUCCAUUAAAGCUUCAAAAGCACUAAUAUAAUCACCUGAAUAAUUUCAGAUAAAGUUUAAAGUGAGAUGAGUGAAAAAAAAAAAGAGGAAAUGUAAGUUAAAAGAAAAUUGUCUCUGUUAUGAAGUCAUAUAUAUUAAUAGCUGUCAAUAAAGUGUAUUACUUCAUGCAAACCUUGUUGUCAGUUCUACACUUGUCUUUUUCUGAGCAUGGUGUCAUUGUUUUGCUCUCUUUUCUAGUGCUACUGCUACCAAUUUUGUUUAACUGUCUCCACUAUUAUUCUAUCCUUCUUGCCACUGAAUUUCAGAAAAAGAUUUCUAGGUCUUCUUCACAAACCCAAAUUGUUUUUUUUUUUUUAAUCGAUCUCUUUACAGUGGGAAAAAUGGCAUUUUCUUUUGGGACUCUUCAGUUAGGUCAUGUUUGGAAGUUUGUGUUUGCUUAAUUUGAAGGUAAGUGUUCUGCCCUGUUGGUGAAAUUCAGCAGUAAAGGAAGUUGAAGUUGAUUGAACUUUUGUGGCUGGUUGCUUCAUUUGAGGGUUGUUCAGUUCUGUUCAGGCAAGAUGGGUUCACGUAAAGGCACUCUGAGAAAGACUAUACUGAGCUUCAUCACUGAAAACCUUUGAAUUGAGCUUCAUCUCCUCUGAUUUUCUGAUUCUUUUCUCUAUCGCUCUUUUUUUCCUUAGCCAGAUUAUUUUCUUAAUAUGGGAAAACAAGUAGUCCAUAGAGCAAUGCUAUUAUUUCCAUUCAUCAUAUUCCUUUCCCUUUCUAAUGCAGAGCAUCUACAAUCAUCCCAAGUACAAGUUCUUUUGCAAAUCAAAUCCCUCCUAAACUCUCCACCUUAUCUCAAAACAUGGAAUAAAAACACUAAUUUUUGCAAUGCCGAGCCUUCUGAAAAUCUAACUCUUGUCUGCUAUGAAGAAAGAAUAACUCAGCUGCACUUAGUCGGAAAUCUCGAAACUCCUCGACUGUCCAAUAAUUUCUCGACUGAUUCCUUUUUCACCACGCUCUCAAAACUUCCCAGCUUAAAAGUCCUCACAUUAGUAUCACUCGGCUUAUGGGGACCUUUGCCUACCGAAUUCGUGCGUUUAUCAUCCCUCGAAAUAGUUAAUCUUACUUCAAAUUUUUUCCAAGGCCAAAUACCUCAGUCUAUAUCUUCACUACAACACCUUCAAACUCUUAUACUCGAAGCUAAUAAUUUCACCGGUGUGCUUCCUGACAAACUCGGUUCACUUUCAGCAUUAGCUGUCUUGAACGUAAAAGGCAAUUCUUUAUACGGAAACUUGCCGAAAUCGCUCGAGGAUUUGGAAAACCUCAGAGUCCUUGUGCUGUCUAAUAACAACUUCUCCAGUGAAGUGCCUGAUUUUAGUGGCUUAACUAACCUUCAAACGCUCGACUUGGCGAAUAAUUCUCUCGGGCCUCGUUUUCCUUCGGUUGGCGAUAAAAUCGAGGCAAUUGUGCUUAAAAACAACAAAUUCACGUUUAGUAUUCCCGAGAAAGUCGAGUCGUUUUAUCAGCUAAAAACUUUAGAUAUUUCGUCCAACAGAUUUGUGGGGCCCUUUCCUGUGCCUAUUUUAUCUCUUCCGUCGAUUGCUUAUCUUGAUAUCUCGGGAAAUAAACUCACGGGCAUGCUGUCUGAAAAUGUGGCCUGCAAUGAGGGGCUUUAUUUUGUCAACUUCACUGAUAAUCUGUUGACGGGUAAACUGCCAACUUGUUUGUUGUCUGGCUCGGAAAAUAGAAUAGUGACUUAUGGUGAGAAUUGCUUGCAAAAUGGAGAUAUAAAUCAACAGCCGGUUUCGUUUUGCAAGAAUGCGGCUCUAGCUGUUGGGAUAUUGCCCCAUUUGCGUAAGAAAAAACGAGCAAAGAAAGUGAUUCUUGGUUUGAGCAUAUGUGGAGGAGUUUUUUCGGGCGCGGUUUUAGUUUGUGUAAGUUUUUUGGUAGUUAAGAAGUUUCUUGCAAAGAGGGAAUCACGAAAAAAGGGCAUGACAAGAUCUACAGCUGAAAAUGCAGCCACAAGCUACACUUCGAAGAUUCUUAAGGAUGCAAGAUAUAUAAGUCGAGCAAUGAAGCUAGGAGCACUGGGGCUUCCAGCUUAUAGGACGUUUUCAGUUGAAGAGCUUAAGGAGGCAACUAAUAAUUUUAACACAUCUGCUUCCAUGGGAGAAGGUUCUAAUGGUCAGAUGUUGAUUUCUGCCUUUUGUUUUGAUUUCUUGAUGUUGUGUAUUGGCGAGUGCCUAGCUCGUGUCGUUUGUCUCAUUGAGAUGUACAAAGGUCGAUUGAGGGAUGGGUCCCAUGUUGCGAUUAGGUGCCUUAAAUUGAAAAGAAAUCAAAACACUCAAUAUUUCAUGCCUCAUGUAGAGAUGAUAUCCAAACUCAGACAUCACCAUUUGGUGAGUGCUCUUGGACAUUGCUUUGAGUAUUACUUGGAUGAUUCAAGCGUGAGCAGGGUAUUUCUUGUCUUCGAAUAUGUCCCGAAUGGAACUCUAAGAAGCUGGAUAUCGGAGUGGCGUGUAAGAAGGAAGCUAACAUGGGCUCAGCGUAUAGCAGCUGCAACAGGGAUAGCAAAGGGUAUACAGUUCCUUCAUACAGGGAUUGUGCCUGGUCUUUUUGCCAAUAAUAUUCAAAUAACCGAUGUUUUGCUCGACCAGAACCUUGUUUCGAAAAUAAGCAGUUACAACCUGCCUUUGCUAACAGACAACAUGGGAAAAGACCAAAUCCAAAAUUUUCUUGGUGAAUCGAAGGGGAUUAAGCGUUCAAGGGCAAAGUAUCAAGACAAGCUGGACAUACACGACUUUGGAGCAAUCUUACUGGAAAUCAUCUCUGGCAGGCCCAUUAGUUCCAGGAACGAACUCGAAGCAGUUAAAUGCCAGUUUGAAGCCAGCACAAUAGUCGAUGACGUAUCAAGAAAGAGCUUAGUGGACCCUGCAGUGAAGAACACAUGCUCGGCUGAAUCUGUAAAAACGAUGAUGGAGAUGUGCUGCAGGUGCUUGCACGAGAAUCCAGCUGAACGGCCCUCGAUUGAAGAUGUGCUAUGGAAUUUGCAGUUUGCUGCUCAGGUGCAAGACGCCUCCCAAAGCAGUGAGGGCUCUCCUAUUUCCCCUCCGCAAUCUUCAAGUUUAAAGUUGACCUUGAAAAUAGUAGGUGAUGAAUUGUGACAGUUUGUAAGUAUUAACUAUUAGGUUGUUCACAGUUUGUUUUUUAUUUUAGUUUUCCUUUUGUUUUUCUCUCUUUCUCCAUUCUCAUAUGAUAGUAUGGUAUGCUUAGUUUUCUUUCCAGAGUAUGGUGAUAAACUUUUAUGAGAAUGUUUGUUGUAAACUUAGUAGUUGAUGAGCAAAUACCUCCAGAUCGGAAAUAAACCGGCGAUAAGCCGCGAGUCAGUCGUAUCCCUGAAUAUGUCCUCAUGGACGUGCAAAAUUCACCGAG